AAUGACAGUGAAGGUGUGGAUGUUAGAAAUCCGAACAGACUCAGAGACAAUUCAUGGAGAAACAAGAAUUCACAAAAUAAGAACGCUCUAUCCUUUAAUCAGGAGGAUGAAUACAUCAACAUUGAGAGUGAUCAGCGUGAAAACAAACAUGACUCCAUAGAUGAUGAGCAGCCAUGCUUGAAAGGGCAUUUAGAAAAGAAAUAUGAUAAAGCCUGUGAAUUUUGCAGGAAACAUAAAACCAGAAUUCACUAUAUGAUCUAUGGAAUUUUAAUAACAGCAUACUUGGCAGCAGUUAUUGCAGCCUGCAGCUUGAAUUUUCAGAGAGCCUUGCCACUCUUUAUCAUCACUCUCCUAGCCAUCUUCUUCAUCUGCUGGGAUUUUUUAAUAGCUAUAUAUGAAGAUAGGAUUGCUGCAUUGUUUUCCCCUGGAGAAAAGUAUCUGGAGGAACAGUGGUUUUGGCUGAAGUGGGUGUUGAGUGCCACUCUUAUUAUAACUAUCAUCUGCUGGCUCAUCUUUGACACAGCAAAACAUGGAUCCCGCCAGCUGAUCUCCUUUGGUGGGCUUGUGAUGUAUGUUCUCUUGAUGUUUAUCUUUUCCAAAUAUCCAACCAGAGUUGCUUGGAGACCAGUAUUUUCGGGAAUAGGAAUGCAGUUUAUUCUUGGGGUUCUUAUUCUGAGGACCAGUGUGGGGUUUGACAUAUUCAAUUGGCUAGGCAUUCAGAUCCAGACUUUUCUGGAGUACUCUGACAUAGGUGCUAAGUUUGUGUUCGGUGAGAAAUACACAGAUCAUUUCUUUGCUUUUAAGGUCCUGCCAAUUGUGGUUUUCUUCAGCACAGUAAUGUCUAUGCUUUACCACGUUGGAUUCAUGCAGUGGCUCAUUGGAAAGGUUGGUUGGAUAAUGCAAAUUUUCAUGGGGACAACUCCUGUUGAGUCUCUGGUAGCUACGGGUAACAUAUUUGUGGGGCAGACAGAGUCUCCUCUCCUGGUACAGCCCUACUUACCAUACAUCACCAAAUCUGAACUCCAUGCAGUCAUGACAGCAGGAUUCUCAACUAUUGCUGGAAGUGUCUUAGGAGCAUAUAUUUCUUUUGGGGUUUCUGCCUCCCACCUACUGACUGCUUCUGUCAUGUCAGCACCAGCAUCAUUAGCCACCUCCAAACUAUUCUGGCCUGAAACUGAAAAGCCUACAAUAACUGUGAGGAGUGGCCUAAAAAUGGCAAAAGGUGAAGCAAAGAACCUGCUGGAGGCAGCCAGUCAAGGUGCCUCGACCUCCAUCCGUCUGGUAGCAAACAUUGCAGUGAAUCUGAUCGCCUUCCUUGCCCUGCUGGCUUUCGUUGACUCAGCCCUCUCUUGGGUCGGCAGUUUGUUUGACUAUCCACAGCUGAACUUUGAGAACAUUUGUGCUUAUGUCUUCAUGCCAUUCUCUUUCAUGAUGGGGGUAGACUGGGAAGACAGUUUUACUGUUGGUGGACUGCUGGGUUACAAAACUUUCUUCAAUGAAUUUGUGGCUUAUGAGCGCCUUGCAAAACUGAUUCACAACCGAGAAAAGGGUGGGAGCAUGUACAUUAAUGGUGUGAAACAGUACAUGACUGUUCGCUCUGAAGUCAUUGCCACCUAUGCUCUUUGUGGAUUUGCCAACUUCGGCUCCCUGGGACUGGUAAUAGGAGGCCUGACAAGCAGUGCUCCCUCAAAAAAAAAAGAAAUAGCAGGUGGUGUUUUCAGAGCAAUGAUUGCGGGAACUGUCGCCUGUUUCAUGACAGCCUGUGUUGCAGGAAUGCUAACUGCUUCUGGUCUGGAAGUUCCUUGCCACAUUUUAUUAGGAAACGCCUUUAACUCCACAGAUUUCCCUGACAACAGCACAGAGUUAGUUGAAUGUUGCUGGCAACUCUUCAUCAGUGCAAAUCAUUCUCAGGAGAUCUUCUCUGGAGGAAACUACAGCCUGAGUUCCUGGAAAGGGUGUUGCCAAAUACUGGAUCAACCUAGUUUUAAUUGCACUUGG